AUGGCGAUUUCACUACUAAUCAUCAAUCCAAAUUGCUCAGAAAAAGUUACUGAUAAUCUCCAAAAAGUGUUAUCUUUUGUUUCCACAAAUGAUGCAUUUUUGAGCUUUUAUACAGCACCAAUAACUGCACCCAAGGAAAUAACUAACGAACAGACAUCUUUAGAAUCUGAAGCAGUUGUGUUGGCAGAUUUCAAAAAAAGACAAGAAUUCUUUAGUAAAUUUGACGGUUUCAUGGUUUGUUGUUACUCGAACCACCCGUUGAUCAAGUCCUUGACUGAGUUGACAGGGAAACCUGUGCUUGGUAUCAUGCAAGCUACCUUGAUCUAUGCGCUACUGAACCCUAAAGUAUCUAAACUGUUUAUACUCACUAGCACACGCGAAUGGGAGCCUUUGCUCGAUCAGAGUAUCAUUGACUUUGUAGGUGCAUCAGAUUUCCCCAAAACAAAAUUUCAAAAAACAAAAGGUUUAGAUGUGAGUGUGUUAAACUUGGCAGAUAUAGAGGAGUAUGAAAGGAUUAGAGAAAGAGUAAAGGAAAUACUAGAAAACGAAUAUAGCCAGGAAAAUAUCAAUUGCGUAUUGUUGGGAUGUGCCGGUAUGGCAGGCUUGGAUCUGAAGUUAUCAACUGAUUUUCCAAGCAUUACUUUUGUAGAUUGUGUAAAGCUGGCAACUGAGUUGCUUUGCAGUUUGGUGAGAUUUGAAAAACAAAAUUUAAUAGAUUAUUGA